CUUUCUCUAACUUUCUCUACGUUGCGACACUCUUCUUCACUCUUUUCCCCUUAGAAAAAAAAGCGUCAAAAAACCCUGCCGAAGUUCUUUCAGUUUACUAAUCCAUGGCGACCUUGGAUACCGACGUUCCCAUGGUUCCCGCCGGCGAGCCCUCGAGCAGCGCCGGUCCUUCCAGCAAGAAGCCCAAGCGAUUCGAGAUCAAGAAGUGGAACGCCGUCGCUCUCUGGGCCUGGGAUAUUGUUGUUGAUAACUGUGCGAUCUGCAGAAACCACAUCAUGGAUCUCUGUAUCGAGUGCCAAGCGAACCAAGCUAGCGCCACAAGCGAGGAGUGUACGGUUGCUUGGGGGGUCUGUAACCAUGCGUUUCAUUUCCACUGCAUUAGCCGAUGGCUGAAGACACGUCAAGUUUGCCCACUGGAUAACAGUGAGUGGGAGUUUCAGAAGUAUGGGCACUAGAAGCCUCAUGCGGUUGUGUAGCUGGGCUGGAGAUUCUACUCUACUGAUGUUAAGAAGGAUCCUUUUCUUCAUUUUAUUGUCAAUUCGACUGGAUUUGCUCAUUUAAGAGGCAUUGGCUUUGUUUGAUGAUUAGCUGUAUAAAAUACCAAAUGCAGACUACCUUGUCCUGUUAUCAACAUUGAGCCAAAACUAUUAGUAGAAUGCUUUAAGGAUUCGUUUUAAUACUGCAGCAUACUUUCUAGCACUCACUUUAUCACUCUAUGCAUACUCUAUACAUUCACUGU